GAACUAAAGCAAAUUAAUUUAGUUAGGAGAAGAUGGAAGGAGGCGCUACUACAGACAAAAGGUUGGAAGGGAAGGUGGCGGUGAUCACUGGCGGAGCCAGUGGGAUCGGAGCGAGCACCGCAAGGUUGUUCGUCCAGCACGGUGCGAAGGUCGUUAUCGCCGACAUCCAAGACGACCUGGGUCACUCACUCUGUCAAGAACUGGGCUCCGACCACACCAUCACCUUCGUCCACUGCGACGUAAGCAACGAAGACGACGUCCGUAAUGCUGUGGACACGGCAGUCUCUAAAUACGGUAAGCUGGACAUCAUGUACAACAAUGCUGGAAUCGGCGGCAAAUUUGAAAGAUCGAUCUUGGAGGCGGAUAACGAAGAUUUCAAGAGAGUGUGGGAGGUGAACGUGUUUGGUGGGUUCUUGGGGGCGAAACAAGCAGCCAGAGUGAUGAUCCCAUCCAAGAAGGGCACCAUAAUCUUCACUGCCAGUGUUGCUUCUGUGGUAUCUGGGGGGACACCGCACGCUUAUGCGACGUCGAAGCACGCAUUGGUGGGGUUGAUGAAGAACCUGUGCGUGGAGUUGGGAGAGUUUGGGAUCAGAGUGAACUGCAUCUCUCCUUACGGGAUCGUGACACCCAUGCUGAAGAACGCACUUGGAUCGAUGGAGGAAGGUAUGAUCGAAGGAUUGGUAGGUAAAGCUGCCAACUUGAAGGGUGUGGUGGUCAAGGCUGAGGACGUGGCCCAGGCAGCUCUUUACUUGGCCGGCGAUGAGUCGAGGUACGUGAGUGGACUCAAUCUGGUUCUUGAUGGUGGUUACAGCACCACCAAUCCUGCUUUCCUAAAUGCCGUGGGAAUGGCGUUGAACCUCCCUAUGCCUGAGUAGACC